UCACCAUCACUGAGUCGAUUCUGGCAAAUUCACACACUGCUUUCAUCAUUUACACUUCACAACACACAGCGAGCUGCUCUGUGACACAAAGCCCUUCUUCUGGGGGCAAAGCACCAUUAUUAUUAUUAUUAUUAUUAUUAUUAUUAUUAUUAUGAGCUGAUGUUGGAUUUUAAACCCACAGGGCAUCACUCCAGCACUGACAUCACCAUGGCAACCGUGUCGUUCCUCUUCCUCCUGUUCUCAGCCUUUUCUCCUCCAGUCCACAGCCGCCUCGCUACCUUCCAUUUAAUUCCGCGUAGGAUGAAUUGGGCUGAGGCUCAGGCAGCUUGCAGAGAGAAAUACACCGACCUCGUCACUGUGGACUCUGAUGAAGACCACACUGAACUGGGAAAUAUAUUGAUUAAGUCUGGUAUCAGUUAUGGAUGGAUCGGUCUCCGUCGUGGUGAGUUCAGUGAGAAAUGGUCGAAUGGUGAUCCUCUAACAUUCAGAAAGGUGACAGGGGCCUGUGGGGCAUCGAUCUGCUGUGCUGCUAUGAAAGCUGAUGGUUCCUGGGAAAGUCUUCAGUGCACAGAUACAAAACCUUUCAUGUGCUAUAAACAAGACGCUUCUUCACAGACUCCUGAUUAUCAUCUAAUCCUUGAGAGUAAGACGUGGUAUGAAGCUCAGCGUUACUGCAGGAGGAACUACACUGACCUGGUCAGCAUCAGAGACGAGCAGCAAAAUGAAGAGGUGAAGACUGAAGGGUUAAACAGCACCACGCCCUUCUGGAUCGGUCUGCGGGGUGACUGGCAGUGGAGUGAUGGAAGAAUCUCUACUUACAGAAACUGGGGGAGGGUUUACCAUUGGGCAUCAUAUGACUGUGCAAGAAUGUAUGAAUGGGGCUGGUAUUCAAGGCGAUGUUAUUAUACAUACCCUGCUCUGUGCUACAGCAGUAAUAUCCAUGUGAGUGAUGUGGCUCUGAGCUGGAGGGCAGCGCUGGAUUACUGCCAUCAGGAGAACAGGGCUGGAAUUCUGAACAUCGAUUCUGACGCUGAUCAGAAAGAGGUGGAGUCUGAGCUCAGGAGGAGGGGCAUUCCCCCAGGCUCCAAUAUAUGGGUGGGGCUCGGACCGAAGCGUCUCUCUGAGAGGAAGGUGUCGUCCCGUCCGCUGACCUGCGAGGACGUAGCGAGACAGACACGCCCUCCUCUGUCUCACUGCCCUGCGGACACACACACUGCAGGCGCAGCUCCUGAUUACGUGCUGGACUCUGAUCGACUUCGAGUCGUGUGUAAAUUGAAAUAAAGUUUUCUUGAUGCUGGAGGAACAGAACACUGACUCCGGCACUAACUGCCCCGAACCCUUCACUGUGCACUUGUUCUCAGGGUGAUGAGUUCAGUCAGGUGUCACAGAGCAGGAAAAGUGUGCAGGAACAGUUCACACACUCGAGCUUUACACAUCAAUUCAUGUUCACAAUAAUAUUUAGAAGAUGUUCUUAAGGCUUUCAGAUGAAUUCAUACAAAUGCACACUGUUUUCAGAUGUUAAUCCUUUUCUCCAGAUUCAUGUUCAUUCAUGUUGUUUCUUUUCUUUUAUCCUACCAACAUAUUAUAAGAAAAUCUCAUUUUUAUUAGCUUCUGCUGUCGUGUCUUUUGUGUUGUUUCUCUUCAUUUGCAGCCG